ACUGCUCCAGUGGCAGCCACUGGUGACCUGCUCCCCACAAGUCUAAGUUCUGGAUUGGGGGCUGGGAAGGGGGUUGUGUCCAGGAGGAGGAGCGGGGUGUCGGGGAGAGAAAAACUUCCCUUCCUUUUCUGCCUUUUUCAGAAAACCAAACAUGGCAUCUUCCAUGAGAAGCUUGUUUUCUGAUCAUGGCAGAUACGUAGAAGCUUUUCGCCUGUUUCUGGCUAAUUCCACCGAGCACCAGUGCAUGCAGAAUUUCAUUGAAGAGAAGCUGCCAGGCAUAAUAGCAAGGAUUGGAGACACAAAAUCAGAAAUUAACAUUCUAAGCAUUGGUGGUGGAGCAGGGGAAAUUGACCUUCAAAUUAUCUCUAAGGUUCAAGCUCAGUAUCCCGAAAGUCACAUCAACAAUGAAGUAGUUGAACCCAAUGCUGAACAAAUCACCAAAUACAAAGAGCGUGUAGCUACAGCAUCAAACCUGAAGAACGUAAAGUUUGCUUGGCAUCAGGAGACAUCAUCUGAAUAUCAAAGUAGAAUAAUGGAGAAAAAGGAGCUUCAGAAAUGGAACUUUAUUCACAUGAUUCAGAUGCUGUAUUAUGUAAAAGAUAUCCCAGCUACUCUGAAAUUUUUCCACAGUCUCCUGGAUACUGAGGGCAAGAUUCUUAUUAUUCUUGUGUCAGGAAUGAGUGGUUGGGACAAACUGUGGAAGAAGUAUGGAUCCCGCUUACCCCAAAAUGAUCUCUGCCUCUAUGUGUCAUCCUCUGACAUCACUCAAACCCUAGAAACUUUGGGAAUUAAAUAUGAAUGCUUUGAACUUCUAUCUACUAUGGAUAUAUCAGAUUGCUUUGUUGAAGGCAAUGAAAAAGGGGAGUUACUGCUGGACUUUUUAACAGAAACCUGCCACUUUAGCCAAACUGCGCCACCUGAUCUCAAAGCUGAGAUUAUCGAAGACCUUCAAAGGCCAGGAUUCACUGUAAAAGAAAGGGGAAAGACCCUUUUUCAGAAUCACUUAAGUUUCAUAGUUGUUGAAGCAUAACCGUGUACCACCAAGUUGUUUAUCAAUCAUUCAAACAAGCAUUUAUUAAGCAACUACUCUGCCAAAUAUUGUUCCUGGUAGAAAGGUGAGGGAGAUUCAAAAGCCAAAAACAGAAUGACAUUGUACUGAAGAAGUUUAUAUUCCAUAGGAGAAGAAAAUGUGUGCAUAUAAAUAUAUGUAAAAUAAGUCAAUUCAUCUUAAAUAAUAAGGCACAGAAUUAACAGUAAUUUUCUCUUGUGUUAUAGUAGAACAUAUACUAUAAAACAUGGCUAGUAUAUCACAAUCUCAUAUAGUUGAAGACAGUGCAUAAUCUAGACCUGUGACAAUCUGGAAGGCCUAGUACCUUCUGUCAUCCAUUUAUAUAUAAAACAGGAUCUUUUUAUGUCUUCUGAUCCAGCAGAGUCUCAUCACCAUCAUAUAAAGCUCAUUUCGAAAGUUAAGUUGAAAAGAUAGACCCAGCUAAAUCCAAUUGCCUAAACUCCAGUGUAUUAUAUCUGGUAGUGUGAUAGAUCUAAUUGAUACUAGUUCAAGAGAACCAGUUCAAAUUAUUAAAUUGUUAAAUUUUCCAUAUGACCAUUUAUCCAUUUAUACCUUGGAUGUCAGCAAAUGUUACAAAUCAGGAUUGUUUUUGUAUGUGGUUAUUUAGACUUUAAAAAAAAGGACAAAAAAUUUAAUAAUUCAAAUUAAAUGUAAAAGUGCUCCAUUCAUUCAUUUUUUGAGAACUAGUUAUUAAGAUAUUUACCAUUACACCUUUGGCCACAUCCACCUGAAAGUGUUGAUAAACUUUUCUAGACUCCUAUUUAUGCAAAUGAUAAAUAAGUUUUGCCUUCUGUUCUCUAAGUAUCUUCUCAAAUUCUUCCAUAAAUGUUAUUUUAUACAAUAGAACUUUACUGAAUGUGACCAUUAAACCAUUAAUAUUACAGAUUUAAAAAGACAGCCAAACACAUUUAAAUUAUGAAUAUGGACCAAUGAUGACCUUAAAUGACUUUACCUUGAAUGACAUUAUUGUUAGAAAAUGAUAUAAUAUAAUAAAGAUAUUAUGGAAGCAAA